AUGGAGGCCAUGCUUCAGCAGUCCCGGGCUAUGUGCCCCUUCCUCAAGCGCACCGCGCCCGCCGCCCUCCGCACCCUCUCCACGGCUACCCGUCCCAGCACCGGCGGUGGAACUAUGUCCAACCUCCAGGUUCUGGCUCGCCGCUGCCCGGUCAUGAGCAAGGCUCUUGCAGUCCAGAGUGCCCGUCUCAGCAGCACCAAGCGAUUCACUUCCUCCGCCGCCGGAGUCCCCGCCGCGAAGCCGUUCCUGGCCCCAUCCAACAAGCGUGCAUUGCACACCACUGGCGGUCAUCCCGCCAGUGCCGCCCCAGGAACCUAUAAGAAGAAUGAGCAGGCCCACCCUAACCUCGCUCAUCUCCGUCCUGCUCCUGCGGCGGAUGCCGCGGCCCGCGGUGCUCGCCCCGAGUCCCCGGUCACUUCCCGAUUCGACUACAAUGAAUUCUACAACACCGAACUCGAGAAGAAGCACAAGGACAAGUCGUACCGCUACUUCAACAACAUCAAUCGCCUCGCCAAGGAAUUUCCUCGUGCCCACACGGCCUCGGCCGAGGAGCGCGUGACGGUCUGGUGCUCCAACGACUAUCUCGGUAUGGGUCGGAACCCCAAGGUUCUGGAAUCCAUGCACCGCACUCUUGAUACUUAUGGUGCGGGUGCGGGUGGUACCCGCAAUAUUUCUGGCCACAACCAGCAUGCCGUUCAGCUGGAGGAUACUCUGGCCAAGUUGCAUGGAAAGGAGUCUUCCCUGGUCUUCAGUUCAUGCUUCGUUGCCAAUGACGCUACCCUCGCGACUCUGGGUAGCAAGAUGCCCAAUUGUGUGAUUUUGUCCGAUAGCCUGAACCACGCAUCGAUGAUUCAAGGUAUCCGUCACUCUGGAGCGGCGAAGAUGGUCUUCAAACACAAUGAUAUGGAAGAUCUGGAAGCCAAGCUGGCUUCUCUGCCUCUCAACGUUCCCAAGAUCAUCGCCUUCGAAUCUGUGUAUAGCAUGUGCGGAUCUAUUGCGCCAAUUGAGAAGAUCUGUGACCUGGCUGACAAGUACGGCGCUAUCACUUUCUUGGAUGAAGUGCACGCUGUUGGCAUGUACGGUCCCCACGGAGCUGGUGUCGCCGAGCACCUCGACUACGACGUUUACGCGUCGCAGGACACCGCUUCUCCCAAGAGCACCAAGGGCACGGUCAUGGACCGUAUUGAUAUCAUUACCGGUACCCUGGGCAAGGCCUACGGUUGCGUCGGUGGAUACAUCGCUGGAUCCCACGCCCUGGUCGAUACCAUCCGCUCCCUGGCACCCGGCUUCAUUUUCACCACUUCCCUGCCACCCGCAACCAUGGCUGGUGCCGACGCCGCUAUCCAGUACCAGUCCGAGCAACCUCGUGACCGCGUCCUGCAGCAGCUCCACACCCGCGCCGUGAAGAACUCCCUGAAGGCUCUCGACAUCCCCGUUAUCCCGAACCCCUCGCACAUCGUGCCUCUGCUGGUCGGUGACGCCGAACUCGCCAAGAAGGCCUCUGACAAGCUGCUCGAGGAGCACGGCAUCUACGUCCAGGCCAUCAACUACCCCACCCCCCUCCGCGACCACCUUGUUCAAGCCGUGCAAGCCGUUUGGAACGACCUGGGCCUCAAGCGUGCUAGCGAUUGGGAGAACAUGGGUGGAUUCGUCGGUGUCGGCGUCGAGGGCGCCGAGGCCGCGAACCAGCCCAUUUGGGAAGAAUCCCAGCUCGGCCUCGCGGCUACCGAGUCUCUCGAGGUCGCUAUCACCCGUGAACUCGGAGCCGAGACCCAGGCUCAGGCCGCUCCCGUGCCUCCUCGCAUGAAGACCGGCACCCCCCUUGGUAGCGCGAAGUCGCCCAUCGCCCCCGCUCCUGUUGGUGUUGCCGCUUAA